CAUUAACGUAGGACCUUCACGAUCACCACGCUACAAUUCAACAACAGAACGUCAGCGCAGACCAGCACAGUCUCAGUCUCCUGUCGCAACACUUCGAGGUACCUCUGCAUAGUUUCGACGAGCACAUCCCAUAAUGAACCGGCCAGCUGUCGGACCUCAAUCCCUUCGUGGCCUGCCAAAUGGCUUUCCUGGCCAGCAACAGAUUCCUCAGAACAGGAGCGUCUCGAGUCGAUUACCACCAACUGGAAAGAUGGCAAGCAAUGGGUCAACAUGGGCUUUUGGCGGGGGAAUACCAAUGGGAAGUGCAGGACUUGGGAAUCCCCGCGUUAAUAGCGGGCCUCUUGCGAGCUUUGCCCAAACUAUUGGAGGAUCCUCGCAACCAGCGACGCCUUUAGAUCUCUCAGAAUUCCCAUCGUUGUCUAACAACCAGCCUCAACCGAGUCAGUCCACUUGGGCAGCCUCCGGUACUCGAAAUAUGGGUCAACCUGGCAAUAUGCGACUGCAGCAACCUUCAUUGGCUUCUCAACAGCAGCAGCUGAGUGCUCAGCAGCAAGACGACCUGUUCGGAUCAUCACAACAACUGCCAAGCAACCAAGGUGCGUUUCGAUUUGGAACUCAGAACGCUGUUGGCCAAUCUACGCAACCCAGCAGUGUAGACGACUUCCCGCCAUUGAACCGCAAUAUUAAUGGAGAAAUCGGUCAAGAUCGAACCUCAACAUUGAUGCAAAAUACUGGAUUCGGCGGGCAGUCCAAUGGACUGGGCUUUGGAUCAGGGAAUCCUUCUCAGCCAGCCCGCAGCAACGGUCUCUUGAACGCGUUGUCAGGUAGCAAUCGAGCUACUGCAGGAAAUCGUGUUGCUUCACCAACGAAUUUAUCAGGUCUAUCUAAUGCAAGAUCACCUAUUGAGGGGAGUCGCGUAGCUAGUAACUCCGAGAACGACCCGAUUGGCUUCCCCCACACUCAAUUUGGUUCAGCCAUGGCACAACCUCAACCUGAAGGAAACCCAGCGCAGCCAAGCAUGUCCAGGAUGGAUUCACAACCGUCUGAAUCCGCUGGCUCCCGUGCUCAACCGGCGGAGCCAAGCAACACCUCAUCUCAAGCCAAUGUCGAUGAGUCGGGUCAGGAGAUCGAAGAUCCAUUGGCACAUAUGAGUGAAAUCGACAAGUGGGGUCUGAAAGGCUUCUCUUACCUGAUGCGGAACUACCCCGACUACGCGGCCCUCGUCAAUGGUACUGAUCUAUCUACUCUUGGUUUUGACUUGAACAACCCCGAGCCUAUCUCCGACCAGAUCUACUCCCUAUUCGACAAUGAACCUCCUCGUCCCGCAGUCCCACGCUUCACCUUGCCUGAAUGCUACACUGUCGGCAAUGUCGCCCCGCUGGAGACCAAGAUGUCCAACUUCAAUGAUGAGGCUUUGAUAUUUAUGUUCUACAGCAAUCCUGGAGACGUGCAGCAGGUGAUGGCUGCCACCGAACUCAACAACCGAAACUGGCGUUAUCACAAGAAGCUGCGCAUGUGGUUGACCAAGGACGAGUUGAUGGUUCCACAACCUCUGGGUAACAACACGGAGCGGGGCUAUUACAUCUUCUUCGAUAUCAAGCAAUGGCAACGAGAGCGUCGGGAACUCACCCUUGUCUACGAUGACUUGGAGACAAUUCCCAACUCUGUACGACCAUUAUAAUUCUGAUGCCUUGGGCUGUCUGCAGUGGUGGCGGUACUUGAGUUUUCAUCUUGCGCGAAAACAGCGGCGGCAGCACAUCUCAUGGCCGGUGGGCAGGUCUUUGUUCAUGAUCGCUAAUGGGAAUUAUGGCGCCAAAACAUAACUGCAUACAAUCAAAGGUUGGCGUUAUCGAUUUGCUCUGGCGUACACGGAUCAGAAGGUCUGAUCGGGUUCGUCGACUGGCUGGCGUUAAUGCAACCCGUCGAAGUUUGCAAUGCAGUUGCAGAUAUGUUCUAUCAAGUUCUUAAUGAUCAUGAAUGAACUCUAUCGAAUAGGACAGUCCAAAUCUGCAGUUCCUCUACGUGACUGAAGGGUUCUCGAAG